UCGAAGUGAAUGCGUAGUUAGUUAACUCAUUUCUCGAGAUCCACGUGCUUCAAAAUGUCGUACAACUCGAAUAAAAACUAUUAUGGAAAUAGUUCAAGGAAUAACCAUGGCGGAUUUGAAAGAGACCAUGAAGGUUACACACAUGUUUAUACGGAUGGGGCGUGCUCAUCCAACGGCCAGCAAGGAGCUCGAGCUGGUUAUGGAGUCUACUGGGGAGACGACAGCCGUUACAACAGGAGCCAGCCAGUCUCCGGCAGGGCCACGAACAACACCGCAGAAAUCCAAGCGGCUACAGAAGCCAUGCGGACCGCACGCGAAAAUGGAAUUACCAAACUGGCCAUAAACACUGACUCGAAGUUUCUCAAGGAUUCGGCUACUAAAUGGAUGCCUGGUUGGCAAGAUAAUGGAUGGAAGACUGCAUCUGGAGAGCCUGUGAAGAAUCAAGCGGACUUCAAAGAGAUGAUUCGGGCCCAGGGAAAUCUUGACGUUAAAUGGAACUAUGUCAAGGCUCAUGACGGAAGUCAUGGCAAUGAGAUGGCUGACAGGUUUGCUAAGGAGGGUGCUGCUAAGUAUAAGUAACAAUACUAUCUUAGCUUUUAUCUCUGUAUAGAGACUAAUUAUUAUA